GAGGAGAAAACACUGCACUGAUAAGAAAAAUGGAAACAUUACAGAUGAAAUGGUUUAUACUCCACAACAACAACAAAAUGAAAAUGGCUUGGGCGACUCGAGAAUAUCUACGGAAAGAAACCAAUUAUUAACGCCAUCUUUCAACUCUUGUCAACUUAAUAAUGACAUUUUUUCGUGUAACUCCAGUCAAAGUAGGUCUGAUUCAAGAUUUCAAGUACCAGACAUAGAUGGAUAUUGCCAUAACAAAAGAAUGGAUAGUCAAAAGCAAUCAGAUUUUUAUAAAACUUCACGAACGUCAUCCGAUGCUUCACGGAAAUCAAUAAUAGGAAACUUGGAGGAACUUAACCUAUACCAAAAUAUCAAUUCUGCAGAAUAUAUAUGCAGUGUGCCAGAUACUACCAAUGAGAAUUUGCAGGAAUUGGGUUCACAUUCUAAAGCAUUUGGAACUAAUAGUUUGCAACAACAGCGGCCAUACAGUUCCAUUAAAUACAAUAGAAACAAAAGAGAAGAGAAACAAGAAAACGCACUUGAUUUUGCUUUUGAUGAAUUACAAUUUGAAGAUGAAAAAAGUAGUAAUGUGAAAGAUAUUGAUGAAGUUUAUGGAUUUAAUAUGAAAAAAGUACAAUGUAUGGGACGCCAUGAGAUUUUAUAAUGU